AAAGAGAUGAAUCGCCAAACGGAAAUGAGCCUGUUUAUGCUGGGGCUAGUGUUAGGUAAUAUCGUGGUCUGCACCUGGGCUUAUCCUCAACACCAUACAACAGACAUUCAGAGUCAGAGAAAGUUUGCCGAAAAGCCAAAUGCAAUAAAAAAAGUUGCUUUGGAUGAAAUAGACGAAAUACAAACCAACCAAAUACAAGAUGGUGGUUUCUCGUGGUCCAAUAUGCUGGGAAUUUUGAUGCAGAUGAUCUUCAACGGCGGUGGCGGAGGAGGUGGAGGGAACGCGCCGACAAAAUCUGAUGACAUCGAUAAUGGUGUAUCGUCGUUUGGACAGUCACCGUGGGCGAAUGUUAUUUCUGUUGGAUUGAAAAUCAUAAGCAGUUUGCUUGGAGGUGGCGGCACAGGCGAUGGCAUCGAUAAAGUGGAUAAUGGAGGAUCACCAAUGCAGAACGUUUUAGCGGCCGUAUUUACAGCCAUGUUUGGUGCUAAAGAUCCGGACCAAGUAAAUACGAUGGCAAAACAGGCUGGAGAGUUCAUAAAUAUUGUUGUCAAUUUGUUAGACGCUCUAAAAACUUCAUUCUCGCAUCGAUCACUUAAUGCUCGGAGUUUGGGGAAAAAAGAUGUAAUUAGUGACGCAGCUGUAGCUAGUCUAGCAAUGCUGAAAGGCUAUGCGCGCAGCAAACGCAAUUCUGAUGAUUUGUGUAUGCAAAAAUUUCUUUGUGAAGCAAACACUGACUGUAUGAGUGCGAUCGGUGGUACAAGCAUUUUCUGCCAAAUAGGAUCUUACGCCACCAGUUUUAUUCUUGAGCGACAAACGGGGAAACAGUUUGACAAUUUUUACGAAGCAGGAAGAAAUGGUCGUUCUGGGUUCGAUUGUCGACAGUUGUAUCUAGAGUGCAAUGAGGUAUAA